CUGUACACUGGGACAUUGACUCCAAUCUCCAUUUACUCAUCUUCCACAUGCCUCUGUAUGAACUAGUUUGCAUAGCACGAUCGUCAGCGCCAAUACGAGCAGCGGCGAGAGCUGCCACGAGUGCGGCGGAUGCACUCAACUCCACCCUUCCAUUCGCUGCCAGCUUUGGACCAAGUGCGGGGUCAACUGUGGGGUCAUAUCAGGGCUUGUUUGCUGCACCGGAGAAGAAACCUUUGACGUCCACUCAGAAACUCAUCAAAGAGUCGGCCCUCCAAAUCCUUGAUCGAAAGGGUGUGGUAAAAGGAUUCGAAUUGACAGAUGCGGACAAGACACUUCCAUAUCGGAUGAAGAGACAUCAGGAGAUUUUUGAUACAGGAGACUAUUUUGUAAUGCAAUUCUAUUCCUCCCCACAAUCCAUGCGUGCGCUUUCCCGAUCCUUGCGGUAUGACCAGCGUGUCAUUCGACACACUAUGAUCAAGGUUGGAGAAUCCCUUGCGGAGCUCUCAGCGUAUCAGCCACCGGAAAAGUUGUAGAGGCCAUUAGUGUUUAUAUGGAGUUGGGUUGUUAUUUAUUUAUCGGAGCUUAGGAUAGAGUCAAGCAUUGCCAGGGUGUGGGAGAGUUUUUAGCAAAUAGGAGCUAUAGCCGUUGCAUUGAACAAAUUCGCCGGCUCAUAUUUGAAUAGAAUUCCAUGCGAUCAACAGAAGCUGAUUACCACAAGUCUUUUCUGUAUGAAUAUCAUCAAAGGUGAAUUUAACGAAA